UUAAUUGUUGUGAGUCAAGCUCUCGUCGGUGUAUGAUAGCUAUUAGCUUUCAUAUCUCCGUUUUUGCUAGAAAUUUCAGUUAACAAAUAAUGUAAAAUGGCUAUAAACUUAGACAGACAUAGGGAGGCGUUACUUGCUGCAUGGAAAGAUGUCCUGGAUGAGAAAACUGAGACUGACUGGGCUUUGUUUGGAUAUGAUGGUUUAACGAACGACCUAAAAUUCAUCAGUAAAGGGGAUGGCGGUCUGAUGGAACUCAUUGAUGAUUUCAAUAGUGGUAAAAUUCAGUAUGCAUUCUUAAAGGUGGAUGUUCCAAAUGGUAGCAUAUCUAAGUAUGUGCUUAUCAACUGGCAGGGCGAAGGUGCUCCAACGGUCCGCAAGGGAACCUGUGCAAACCACAUCAAGCAUGUUGCUCAGUUUUUCACUGGCUUCCAUAUGACAAUGCAUGCGCGGACAGAAGACGACCUUGAUGAGAAGGUUAUAUUGGAUAAGUUGGCUAAAGCCGGAUCGUCGUUCAAUUUUAAAACCAGCAGGCAAGAAGAGUUGCCACCUAGCGGGCCUGUUGGUACUGUUUAUAAAAAAGUGAAUCCAGUUCAAGAAAUUAAUUCAAAGGAAAGGGAUCAGUUUUGGUUGAAAGAGGAGCAAGAGGAAAAAAAGCGAGUAGAAGCUGAGAGGAAAAGGAGGGAAGAAGAGAAAAGGAAAGCUGAGGAAGAUGUCAGGAAGAGAGAUGAACUGGAAGCGGCAAAGCGAGCACAGACAGAGCAGCAAAAUACGAUUGCGGCGCCGGGUGCUGUUGGUGCGGGUGCUGGUGCCAGUGAUGCUGUACGGCGGCAGCGGUCAGCGGAGGCUCGGCAGUUAAUCGGCGCCUCCACGUCAGCCGCCCGCGCUAUGUUCCAACAGAACCUCGCGCAGGGACAGAUGGCUAACAGGUCGAACACAAGUGUGCCAGAGAAACCAGUCCGUAGCUCAGUGAUAGCACAACGCAUAAACACAUUUAGUCAACCGCAAAACGCUUCGCCAACUCCGACCUCGCCCCCUGUGCGGUCUCCGUCUAAAGUCGAAACGAAGUCGACACUACAAGAAGAACCCGUCGAAUCAACCAAAACAAGCCCGUUAAAGAAUAUAGACAAAAUAAAAAUGAGUCUAGAAAGUCCUUCGCAGAUACAAUACGAGCCUAUCAUAGAUCCCUCAGCCGAUCUGAGUCCAAGUACAGAGAAUGAGCCGGGAUCGUUCAGCGCCAUAAACUAUUCGGAAUACAAACAAAACGAGAAUACAUACAGAGAUAUAGAAGCUGACUCGUUGAAGCAGAGCGAGCCGAUGAUAAAACAGAAUAUUCUAGAGAAUGAUAUGUUCGAUGCGUCAUAUUCUAGUUCGAACGAGAAUGAUGAUGAUGACAGUGAUAACAAGUUCAGUACGAUCAAACGGUCGCCGUAUAGUAAGAAUAAUAUUGCGGAGGAAAACGAACGAUCGGAACUCAGCAGGCAGAAUACAGUUAUAGAGAACGUCAAUUAUAAGAAAGAACAGAAUGGCACUACCACUUAUGAAGAUGUAUCUCCAGAAGCUGUAGAGGACGAAGGCACAAUAUACGAGGAUCUAGAUGAAGAUCCUGGACUAACGGCAAGAGCGCUAUACGACUAUCAAGCCGCGGACGAAUCUGAGAUUACAUUUGACCCCGGCGACAUCAUCACGCACAUCGAGCAGAUCGACGCCGGCUGGUGGCAAGGUCUCGGGCCCCACGGUGUUUUUGGUCUGUUCCCUGCCAAUUACGUGGAAUUGCUACCUUGUCAUCCACGCUAAUUAGAUACCCUAUUCACAGUGGUAGCUUGCUCACUGAUAACCAUUUUGUAUUUAUUAGGACAAGUUUACGUAAUCUUUUUGCGGUACCAAAAUUUCAAACAUCUUGUGUAAUCACCUUCCAGAAAUAGUAUUUCCGAACAGAUACGAUAUUGAAACCUUCAAGAAAAGAGGUUGUUCUUAAAUAGUCGGCAACACACUUACAACUCCUUUGGUGUUGUAGGUGCUCAUUGGCGGCGGUAAUUACUUACCAUCAGGUGAACCGGAAGCUCGUUUGUGCCCUAUGCUAUAAAAAAUCAUUUGGUCACUGUAAUCACCAGCGCUGUAAAUCGGUGCUCACAAGUCGAUUGUUUUUUUUUGUGGCAAGAUUUUGAGACAUUAACAGGUUUUGGGGCUGCAAAAUGGUCAAUGUAUAAACAAGAUAUAAUUACUACUUACAUGUACAGUAACGUGUAAUGACGUAAGGAAUUUAUAUGUAUAAUACAAUGUUUAACUUUGGCGGCGUUCACGUCAAUUCUCUAAC